UGUAGCUGGACUGAAAAUGGCGUCUGCUGUGAGUUAAGAGUUUUCAGUCUUGUCACUCAUUCUAUCGCUCAUUGGCUUUAAAAAAAGGAUUUUAUUAUCAAUUUAUUAGUGUAGGAAUCAACGAAAGGCCUGACGAUGAACACGACGUUGUUGUCGUGGUCGGAAAAGACCCUACAGCUUCUCCGCCGGAUGAACAGCUUUUAUUUGCCAGGUUCAAGUUUAGAGAAAUGUCUGCGGUUUGAAGUUGGAGGUCAGCAGGUCGGCUGGAUUCGGCCAAACGUGGCGUCAGUGCUGCGGCGUUACCCGGAGGUGUUCUGCACAGUAGGGGGCGCGGUGGAGCUCUGUCCCACAUUGGACACCUACGAACAAAGGACGCAGGCAGUGGAGGUUGUUCUGCAGGCGCUCAGAGAGGAGGCGGAGUUUAUGUGUCUAAAGGGGUGGAGAAAUGAGAAAUAUGCAGUUAUGCCAAAGUUCUGUGAUGCCCCACUGAUGCACAUGGAAAGAGCAGCGACGAGUCUGUUCGGGGUGAAGCGUUACGGUGUCCACGUUAAUGGAUUCAGCCGAGAUGGAGAUGGUAAACUGAGCAUGUGGCUCGGGAGGAGGUCCAACACUAAACAAACGUAUCCUGGAAAACUGGACAAUCUGGCAGCAGGAGGGCUAGCAGCCGGUUGCAGUGUUAAAUACACAUUGGUGAAAGAGUGUGAGGAGGAAGCGUGCAUCCCUCCAACACUGGCAGAGAAAGCACGACCUGUAGGAACCAUCAGCUACACGUACGAGGAUGACGAGGGCGUGUUCCCUGAGUGCCAGUUUGUGUUUGAUUUGGAGCUCCCGAUCGAUUUUAAACCUCAGAUUGGAGACGGAGAAGUGCAGGAGUUUUAUUUCUACCCCAUCGACAAGGUAAAGGAACUGGUCAUAAGUGAGGAGUUUAAGCCAAAUUGUGCCAUGGUGGUGCUGGAUUUCCUCAUCAGACACUCAGUCAUUGAACCAGACUCAGAGCCAUUUUAUCAGGAGUUUGUCGCUGGGCUGCACAGAUCAUUAUAGGACACAAGGGAUUUCCUCACUCUAACCGAAAAACACACUGCUGCAAAAUAUUAACCUCAGAAUCAAACUCCAAAACCAAGACUGAAAUAAAACUAGAGUACAAGGUGA